AAAGCAUAUCUUUGUCUCUCUCUCUCGUGCUGUCACAUUAAUGCAUAGCAAUCUUAUUAGGUGAUACAUCAUAUAUAUCUUGGUUUUUGAUUACGAUUUCUCGAAUCUAUUACUUUGCAAGAAGACUUCGGCUAACAGACACGCACUUUACUUCUAGACAGCGAGGUCUACUCAUAAAAGUUUAAAUGAAAAAUAUUGUGAUCUAAAUGACUUAUUACGAAUUAAAAAUAUCGAUUUUCGUACCAUUUUCCGCCGUAUUCAAAGUGCCCUACCAGGCCACUAGAAGCGCUGUUGCUAUUCUCUUGAACUUCAAUUUUGGUAUUCUGCUGGGUAUGGACGAGACGACGUUUUGUUGACGUACGAUAUGUUGCAUAGUGGAUCAGCGAUAAUUCUGUCAGAGAUCACUUAUCUUUGCUCAUGUGACAUGCACGUUUGUGUAUUUUGAUUUGCAAGAUCGCAGUGACUUGGCUGUCUGUCAGCGCAGUCGUCGCAUCCAUAAUUGCUGUCAAGGCUUAGCCAAAGUGGUGUUGUUGUUUACAUUCUUCGUUUAUUACGUUUGAUAACAUAAUGGCUGUGUAUCAUGGUGAUACGAGAACUGAUUGGCCUAUGCUGUUUGCUGAAUUAAAACAGUACCACGACGAAGCGUAUCGUGUGAUUGACACUGCUAUAAAACUGGAAGAGGAAAGAAAAAACAGAGAGGCAGUUGAAAGGUAUGAACAAGGUCUAAUCUUAAUAGAUAGAGCACUAAGUAUUCAGCUCGACUGUCCGCAGAAUCCAGACUUUUCUUGGGAAAAAGCAUGCAUGAUGAUGCAAAAAAUGAGAAAGACCAGGAAAGAAGUCUUGCACCGGAUUAGUGAUGCGCAGGUCAGUGCAGCAGGGAGUGCAUCGUCUCAGCAGGCACCACCUUCUUAUGAAGAGGCAAUGUCGGCACCCAGUUCACCUGUUCCAGAGCCAUCUCAGAUCCAGACAUAUGAGGAUUUGGGAAAAGCCCUGCAGAGGUUAAAGCCUGAUAGCAGUAAGCUGUGUGAUGAGAUGCAUGGGGAGCUACUGUUCACAGUGGAUGGAGUUAGAAUUUACUUUAUCUCACCUGAUGGUUCUGUCACAUCUCCAUCAGACCCUGGAUCACUACAGAUUGUACAUGUCAAAGAUGCAGAAGGAGAGGUGCCAAGUUAUUACUUGCAGCUCGGCACAUGGAUUUAUCCAUUAGUACCCGGUGUUUCGCCAUGCUUUCGUACACAAUACGGGGCUUUGAUACUACCUGACUUGCAUUCUGAUGUUACUGGUGCAGCUGUUGGACUGAUCCUACCCGAGAAUGCAGAUGCUUCAUUGCUUGAGCUCUUGGAUGACAUCCUACAAGGUGUCAUGCGCCAGGAGGCACCCCAGGCAUUGCCUCGCAUGGCGAGAGCAGCACCAGCUCUGCCACCUGCACCGUAUAGCUAUAGUCAGAGAAUCUCAGGCGCUCUCAUCUCAGGUGCCAAGUAUGUGUCAAAUGGAUUAGUGUGGGGAGCAAGUAAGGCAGCAAACUUGAUAACACAGCGUGGAACACCUGCUCUAGUAUCACAUAUUCAGCCUGUAGCACAGCCACGACCAGUUAGUCCUGGCAUGACAAGGGGUGUCCAAUUUGCCAAAGAUGUUUCUGGAAAAGCUGUGCAGUUUACAGGAUUUGUAGCAAGCAAAGUCGGAACUGCAACUGUGGCUCUUGGAAGGUACCUUGCACCACAUGUUCGUGAACAAGGAACGAAGUUACUGACAAAAGUAUCUGGGUCAGGAGAAGAAGAAGCCAAGGCACGUAUGGAGGGAGUACUGGAAGUGGCAGCUGGCGCAGUGCAAGGCAUUGGCACUGUGUAUGAAGGACUAGAACGUUCUGCAUCCAUAUUAGGCAGCAGCCUUGCUAACUCCACAGUGACAAUUGUGAAACACAGAUAUGGCAACUCUGCUGGUCAGGUCACAGGUGAAGCUCUGGAUGCUGUUGGAAACGUCUGGCUAGCUGGUCGUGAUAUCAGACAUCUUUCACCUAAAGGGCUUGCAAAGACAACAGCUAUUGGUGCCAGUAAAGGUGUUGUGGAAGCCACUGGGCAUUUGACAGGACCACCAAGUAAAGAGGAAUGAUUACUCUUUGGUAGUCUUCAAAUAAGUCAGUUAUUAUCAGAGAAUCAAAGGCAUACUGCUUACAAUUUGGCUUUCCUCCAUGUUGAAUGAUUUAAAAUUACUUUACUCUUGGUUCACUUGAAGUGACUGCAAGGCAUUAAUAAUUUUGUAAUGGUGGACUUACUGUUGACAUUGUAUAGUUGUUUUUAUCAGACUUUGCAGCGCACAGUUUGAUAAAUCUGUCUUGUAUGUACAUUUGUAUUGUUAUACUUUGAUUAUAAUAACUUUGUGAUUGACAUUAAGCAAGACAGUCGGCAAGGGCUGAGGUGUCAGUAAAGUACAGUUUUUUUUUAUAGUUCCACAUGCUCACUGUUUAGUAGGUAACUACAGAACCCUGAUAAGUGAUCCAGAUUAUGUGAUGUGGAAGAGGGAGGAAUAGCUGGCCAUUGAUAUCUGUCAAUCACUUAAGUCACUUUAUUGAAGCUGAACUGAUGGCAAAGGGGGGGGGGGGGUUGUUAUAAAUUUCAUUCAUUGAUAUUUCAUAAUUAUUUGAACUGUUUUCUCACACUGGAGUUAUGUGCGGUCUUUAAACUGGUGUUGUACUAAGAAAUAUGAGGCACCUAAGUUAUGAUAAAUCACUUCGAAAUACACACAGGUAAUAAAUUUCUAGAGUAUGGUCAGGAAAAUUAGAUAACUUUUUAGUAUUCCUUGUGUAAUAAGCACUGAGGAAAGAAGAGGUGCUGUUACUAUAUUUUUUCAAGUGGCAAAUUUCUAUGCUGUACCUCCUCAUCAUUGUUUGAAUGUUCACUGUAUUGAGAAGAAACUGAAAGCAUUAAGUGUGUUAAUUAUGGAAACUUUUUCCUGCUGUGUGUGAAAGGAAAGGCAGUGCACGGUAAUCCACCUUCUUUUUAUUUCUCAAUAUGUACUGCAAUUAUUACAUUGUGUUAGUAGCUAAUCUGUAAUAUUUUUACACCCUGUAGCUAUUUCAAUUAUCUUUAUUAUGCAGAAAAUAGUUUCUGUUCUGUGAUAUUUUCUCUGUAAAUCUCAUAUGUGUAGUAAGUACAAUGAGUUGUUGUGUUGGUUAACUGGAUGUUCCUUUUGGUUUUCAAUUAUGUUAAUGUUGAUCGACAUAUUCACUUGUCAUUUUAAAAUAUAGUAAAAUAUAAACAUUUCUAUUUUUAAGUUGAAGGGGUACUUGUUGUUAGAGCUAUAAAAAUAAUUUUAAGAGGUUCUAGUAUAAUGAAAGAGGAAUGGUAAAAUUAGAAUUGGGCAGUUGUGAGCUUUAUGAAAAGUGUACAUGUGAAACUUAAGCCAGAGUUUUAGUGCAGCUAAUUUUUCACUGGGUGCUCAUUCGAAUAUUUCACUCACUAUGUGAAAUACACAUUGUACUGGAGUAGAUGUACUUGCUUGUGUGAAGACAAUAUAUUUAUCACGACAAACUUGAAGAGUACUUACACUAUUUUGUAAUCAGUCAAAAUGCUUUUUACUUAGAAUAGAUAUCUCCUUACUACAUGUUUUUGGCACAGCUCACACUGGCCAGAUGCAGUGAAUGCAGCUUCUGUAAAAAAGGACAUUUUUUCUUCACAGAUUUUAUUUAUACAUACCAUGCUGACCGUCAUCAGCACUUCUAGUUUAUUUCCUGAGUUUUGUCUGGAUCCAAGCUGCUGACAACUCAAAACUCUUGUCAUUUUUAAACCAAAUGUUAUAUCCCUGCUUUUAUUUAAUUAAUGUGUUGUUGUUUUCAUAAAAUGUACAUUUUAUUCAAAUCUGCACUCCUUCUGCAUUGUACUUAUUGCACUGUUGCUGGUACUGACUUUGAAUACUCAACAAGUUUUUGCUCCAUUUGCUACUGUACUGUUAGUGUCUAUCAUGUUAAGUUCCCAAGUUCUGUAUUCAAAAGACUGAAGAACUUCUUAAAUUUGGCACAUUUCUCAAAUAAAUUAGAGAAGACAGCCAUAGUUUCAGCAGUAAUACUCAUUAUUACAUGUAUCUUUCAUGACUGCAGAAGUAUGUGCUGUUUUCUCCACACCAUUCAAGGGGUACAGCAAAUAUGAGGAGUUUUUCAGACAUUUGGAUUCAAAAAUUGAUAACUCUAUCCAAUAAUCAUUACUAAUUUUUGCAUAUUUCAAUCUGAAUGAGGUGUCACAGUGGUAAGAACUAGACAUACCUUUAGGAAGAUGGCAGUUCAAACUUCUUUCCAGCCAUUCACAUAUAGAUGUUCCAUGUAUCCAUAUACCCAGUCACAUAAGGCAAGUUCCAGGAUGGUCCAGAAGGCCCCUUUGAAAAGGCACAGCCAGUUGCCUUCUCUGUCUUACCCUAAUCCAAGAUUGUGCUUUGUCUCUAAUGACCACUUAGUCAAUGUGAUGUUACACUGUAUUUACUUCCUUCUAGUUUUAAUUUGACCUCUGUAAGUGUGCCAGUUGUUGAGAUUGUUUGUUACAGGAUAACAUUACAUACUAAGUCAUCAAGUAAAUAAACAUAUUUGAGUGAUCCCAAUGUUGUGUUGGUAUAAAGGACCAGCAACUCACUUUAUUUAAUGUUUAUUUAGUCUUCUGACUAUCAUGAAAAGGACAGAUUGCUACUCACCAUAUAGUGUAGAAGUUGAGUCGCAGACAGGCACAACAAAAAGACUGCUAAACAAGUAAGCUUUCAAAUAGCCAUAAAAGAGAAACAGGCAAAAGCCUACCUUGUGAAGGUUUACAGUGAUGUGGCAACACCACAAGCCAACAAUGGUAAUAAAUGAGAACUCUCAUAAGGAAAUAUCAAAUGUUACCUUUUAAAAUACAGUUUCCCUCCACAACAUAAAAAAAUCAUCUGGAGAAGAAAAGCACACUGUUAAAAUAUAUAAACUAUGAAUUUAUACAACAGAAAGAAGCGAACUGUCUGCAUGCCGAAAGAGCAAGAGACAGACAUUAUUUGACUUACCAUCCCUAAAACACAAAAUAAGACCUGUUUACAUCUGUCAUAUAUACACAACCUUACGUACUAGCACUGGUCUAACUAGAUGAAAACUAAGGACUAUGAUAUCAUAGUACCGGGAAGUUUGCCAGAUGGUUAUACUAUGAUUUCACCCAAUGGAAGGCUGUGUGUAAUUAAUAAUGGAUAAUGCCCAGUGUCUGAAUGAAUAGAAAUUCAUAAACUAAUUUGAAGAUGCACAUCAUAGCACAGAAAACUGUUUGUUUUUUCAACAAUAACUGUUCAUUUAAAAGCCUCAGUGGUUUGAAGCGAGUAUGUCUCAAAAUUUUGAAUUCCUCAAGCAAAUUUAAUUUUCACCCUUUUAUUUUCUACAUUAUUUCCAAAAAUAAUUUUUUCCAAUCUUUUAGAUGUUCAGUGAAGGGGGGAUAUUUUUUAAUUUGGCCUUCACUGAAUCUAACAGUAAACGACCCUUCCAUUUGUCUAGUAUAUUUGAUGGACGUUCUGGGCAUCUAAUUCUAUAAAUCUGUGAUUUCAAAAAUUAAUGAUUCGUGGGUUGCUCUUUGUGGGGGAGCAUACAGAAAUCAAUGAUUCAGUAGAACUGAAAAUGUCUUUAAAAUCCAGUUUUCUUUGAUCUUGUUGCAGCUAGUGUAGCUCUGUACUUUCUGUUAUCCUUUUUCUUGAAAAUACAGUUUCCUGUAAUAAUUUCUAUUCUGUGAUAGCCUUUAUCAAGUUUUCCUUGUCUUCACCUUUAAUGCACUCUUUGUACAUGAGCAUGACUUAAUCAUAUCUCUUUGGAAAAUUUGUUUGAUUUUUUUAUCUUCUUCUUUUUCUUCUUCCUCAAAAACUUGGUUUUAUAUAGGUAGAUUUAUUCAUUCUUCUUUGAUUUUGUCUCUCUCUUCUUCAUAUUGAUAAGUAAACACCACUUGCUUCAGAAAAUUCACCAGUCCUAGGAUUCCACAAUACAUAGCCAUUGUCUGUAUAUCCUACUAGAACAUGUUUCACCUCUUACACUUAUUUUUUUUAAAUAUCCAAGAAGUUUUAUGAAUGUCACAUAUUCAAAUAACCCAAUCUUGACAAAUUUUAUUUUCUUCCAUACCACAUAUUAGAUAGUGUCACACCAGUAGCUGUAGUGCAAUAUCUGUUCAUGAGAUAAGCUCCAGUCAAAACUGCAUAGCCCCAUAUGUUGUUCUGACUUUUGAAUUAAACAGGGUCCUUAUUUGUUCAUGACAGUAAAAUUUAUUCUUUGUCUUAUCAUUCAUUUGAGGAUACACACUAACUGUGUAGUUACUCACUAUAGCUCUCUUUCUGCACCAUUCAUUAAAUGCAGUACUUCUUCUCUCUCCUCCUCUGUCACUUCUGAUUUUUUCUCUAUUCAAUUAUUGACAAAAUAAUUUAAUUGGAUAGAUAAAAAGACUGCUCACCAAGUGGUGGCAGAACACACACAUAAGACGGUUGUAAUUGACAAGCUUUUGGAACCAGUGGCUCCCCUUUCAGACAGAAGGGUUGAAGGGGAAGGAAGAGGGAUGAAGGAAAAGGACUGGAGAGGUCUAAGAAAAGGGGCAGAGUUCAGGAAAGUCACCCAGAACCACGGGUCAGGGGAGACUUACUGCACAAAAUGAGAAGGAAAGACUUUCAUUCUCAUCCUGUGUGGUAAGUCUCCCCCAACCCGCGGUUCUGGGUGACUUCCCCAAAGAGUUUCUUUGAGAAUUUUUCACUUUGGAGUUUAGAGAUUACUGUGAGGCAAGUUUGAUUUGUUUGUAUGCUUUUGGUCAUUAUUUUCCACUACCCCACUGUUGUUGUUCGCGUGGUCACUGUCUUCCAUAAUUUGCUGCAUUCGAUUGCAGCACUGAAGUUUCAUAAUUUUUGGAGAUUUUACUUCCUGAAUGCAGUUUUUUCCCAUCACUGUUUUCCACUUGUCUGCAGAGGGUUCAUUGAACCAUUUUCAUACUGCUUCUCUACCAUUCCACUCUCGAAUGGCGUGAUCUUAAAUAGUGAAAUAUGAUUGGGAUUAACACUAUGCCCACUCUGCCAACUGUCACUUCAUUGAUUUUCUUUUAAUCUUCCCUAUUCAUGAAUAAUGAAACAUUUCCUUUGUCUGGCUUUAUAAUAUUAUUUUAAUAAUGUUCUUCAAAGUAAAAAGUAAACUUUUCCUCUCUUUUUUUUGUUUUUGUGACAUUUUUGAUGUUCAUGUAAUUAUGUCUUGCUGUUCAGUAGGUAAGUGUAAAAUAUUUCAUCUGUGCCUCUAAUUUCACUUGGACAUUACUCCAGAGUUUCUCUCUUAUCAGUGGUAUUACUGUUAUUUGACUCGUAUUCUCAGAAAGAGUUGUUAUAUGUCACCCAUUGCCUCCCUGUUAACAGACUUGUGUUGUGUUUGCCUCAGUGUGGCAUUUUGUAUUUGUGGAGUGUGUAUUAGUGGAAUAGGUUACAACUUUAGCUCAUGUUUGGUGGUAGUGUUUUAUCUGAUUAGAGUGUAGUGAAGUAACCUGUUAAUUUAAAUAUAAUAGCAGCUAAGAAAAUUUCCAUUAUUAUGUUAUACAUAUAUACAUAUAUUGCUUAAUUUACCCCACAUGCAUGAUUAUUUACAUGAAUUGUAGUGCAAUCUGUGAUUCACAACAUAACACCGUUAGAAUAUGCAAAUGUGAUAUAUCAGUGUGGUGAAAGUAGUAUAAAUUUGUUUGUUAAACAAACUUUUGUUUAGUGAUGAGCACUAUUUUUUAUUGUUCAUGCAAAAAUGAAAUUGAAAAAGAAUGGAACAAAAUUUUGUUAUUGUCCAGUGUAACAUUUAAAAACAGCCAGAUAAUUUAAAUUUCAAAUUCUUAUGAAUGUAUUCUAAAUGUAUUUAAUUAGUAAAUGAUGAAAGCAAGUAGUAAGAUUAAGUUCUGUGUCAUCAUCAGCAAUAUAUACUGUUAUAUUUAACACUUCAGUCAUUUUGUUUAUAAAAGGCUUUUGCUGCUGAAAUGUAACUUACAGUAGCAAUGUUUGCAUGUCCUUUUUUUUUAAGGGACUGUUAGUUUUACAGUAUAUUGUUGCUGUUUUAGAGUGAAAUAUAUGUACUAGUACGUAUGUACUGGUGAUAUAUCAAGAUGUUUAUUGCUUGUGAGUGAAUGGUUUUUUGGAAUAAAAUCUGCUGUUGUGAUUUUCUUCUCGGAAAUAACAGGUUUGUUAUAAUUUUUACAGUGUCUAUAACAAAUUUCUUUUUAUUCUCUUGUUCACUAAUUUCCAUUCAGCAAUGCAGUUUUAUCCUGUCACAGCUAAUACUUUCAGCUUAUUACACUAAUGUCAAAUUGGGAAGAUAUUCUUCUGAAGAUUUUCUUUCAUUGUUCCAGAAUUGUUAAUCCAUACAUUCAGAAUUGUAUUGGUGAUUUUGUGAAGCAUGGCAUGAUCUAACAUUUUUAUAUAACACUGGACAUUACGUUUUAAGGAAUACUAUUGCAGUCCAUGCUGUGGUGUUAAAGAUUACCAGUGCGGUAUUUUUUCACACUGUGCAUUACCUCAUUUUCUAAGAUUCUGUACAUCUGCAUGCCAAAAAAGGAGUCAACAAUUGACUUUGUACUUCUCAAAGAUGUAAGCAUUUGUUCCUGCACAUGUGUGACUGUGUGCAAUUAAUUAUUAUUGUUUGUAUGCUUGUGAGAGUUGUGAUCUGACUUCUUAUCCAUUGUAAAAUGCAAUUACUCAGUCUAAAUUGUUGUUUGAUCUAUAUUAUAUAAUUGUGUUAUGCAGACUAUGCAGUGCAUGGACACACUGGCUUGACCUAAUAUUAAUUAUAUCACUUCUUGAUGUGGUAUUUGUAUGUUGAUGUAGAGUUUAUCAUCUCUGCAAAACGCAUUCUAGGUCAGACAGAGGUCAGUCUGAUAUUUGAUAAAUUAAGCAGGAAAAAGUUGUUGGUUGUGAUGCUCGCUGCAAAUUAUUUAAAUAUUCUGAUGUGUGUUUGAUUUCUUAAUGAUAACUGAUACAAAUGGUCAUAUGUUCCUUGUGCCAGAUUCAUAAAACACAUUUUAAUUUGUUAAUACUCAAGAUAUUGUUUUAAUUCCAUGACCAUGAUUUUUUUUAGAAACCUUCAAAGUUUUGGCAGUUAAUAUAUGCACAGCUAUGAAGAUAACUGUUUCACUAUGUAAAAUAAGGGAAAAGUAACUACUUACCCAUAGUGGGCUGACGUGUAUACCACAGAAACAGAUAACAGAAGACACUGUUUUUUUUCCUUCUUCUCAAGAAAUACAUACAUACAUUCACACACAGCAGUGGCACAGAUACCUUUACCUUUCCCUUGUUUUACAUAUUACUCAAUCUAGGGGUUUCCAUUUUGGUUACACAGUAAGAUAACCAUUUCAUUAGAUCUGAGAAAUGAGAUUUGAGUUUACAUAUUACAGAGCUUGUACUAUUUUUUGAAUGUGAUAUUGUUACAUUAUACACGUUUUUACAUUUUAAUAAAGUAUUGUCUGUAAGCAAGUAUACUAGUUAUUCAUCCAGUAAAGACUGUCAAGUGUUUUUGUCAAAACACUAGUACUGAAAAAAAAAAAACUGUGUUGGUUACAAAAUAUUCAAAAUAUUUAUCAGAUACAUUGGCUAUUUUGUCACAUUGUUGUAUAAAAGUGUAUGGUACAUGUUGUUAUUCUGUCAGUGUCAAAAAAUAAAUAAAUUAUUAUUUCAAAGAAAAUGA